AGUGCACAAAGUCAUUUGUAUAUAGUAUGCCGUAUCUACAAUUGAUUGCGUUUGAUCUUAAUGAAAAUACGGACGAUGCCGAUUGCAACACUUGAUGUGUUCGUCAUCCGCUCGACGACAAGGUCCCCGGCAAUUAUUGGCAGACUCCAGAACUUAUCUCGAGAUGCAGCAGACACAGCCAAGGAGAGCCGACCUGGAGUCUAACACUAGCCUCCAAUACGACUCGUUCCAGUCGAUAGACAGAAAACCGGAGAGCAAUGCCGGUCACGGCGACGAACCACCCGAUGGAGGACGGGUUGCGUGGACGCAGGUCCUACUUUUGCACAUUGUAUUCUUCAAUACUUGGGGUGUCGCGAACGGUUAUGGCGUUUUCCAGAGCUAUUAUACUAGUGUUCUUGGUCAAUCGGGAUCCUCAGUCUCAUGGAUUGGAAGCAUUCAGGUGUUUUUCUUGUUCUCCGUGGGCGUUAUUGCAGGUCGCCUCACUGACGCCGGGCACUUCAGACUCACAUUCACCGCUGGCGUCCUCCUCCAGCUAGUAGGGAUCUUCAUGACGUCCCUUGGUACUGAAUAUUGGCAGAUAUUCCUCUCGCAGGCUGUAUGUUUGGGCAUCGGAAACGGGUUGACUUUCGUUCCCGCGCUUUCUGUUGUCUCGCAAUACUUCAAGCGGAACAGGGCGCUCGCCGUAGGUCUGGCCGCUGCUGGUGCUGCAGUUGGUGGGCUUGUGUACCCAGUUAUGAUCAACCAGCUGAUCUUCCACGACAAAUUUGGAUUUCCUUGGACGAUAAGAGUAAUGGGCUUCAUUAUGCUUGCCACGUAUAUGCCCUGCAUCAUAUUGUUCAAACCGCGACAUCCUCCCCGCAAAACUGGCCCCUGGAUCGACACGUCCGCUUUUAAAGAACUCCCCUUUAUCUUUUUUACAAUCAGCAUGUUCCUGAAUUUUUGGGGACUGUACUUUGCUUUCUUUUAUUUGGGAACAUACGCGCGGGACCAGAUUGGGCUUGCUGAGCCGAUCAACCUACUGCUGGUUCUGAACGGCAUUGGUGUUGUUGGCCGAAUUCUUCCCAACUUUAUAGCUGACAGGUGGACUGGCUUACUCAAUCUACUGAUCCCACUGAGUUUCGCCGCAGGAGUGUUAGUUUUUGGAUGGAUCGCGGUUGAGUCCGAAGCCGGACUCUACAUCUUUGCUGCCAUCUACGGGCUCAUCGCAGCGGCCCUACAAGCUUUGUUUCCCACCGUCGCGACCACCAUGACACCGGAACCCAACAGGACCGGAACUCGGGUUGGCAUGAUUCUUAGUUUUGUUAGUUUGGCAAACUUGAGUGGUCCAGCUAUCUGCGGAGCAUUGAUCCAGGCCAAUGGGGGCAGCUACAUCGGCGCCCAAAUCUUUGCGGGUUCUUCCAUCAUGCUGGGAGCAUUGAUGGCCGUUGCAGCAAGAGUUGCGAAGGGUGGCCGAUCAAUAUUGACGAAAAUGUAGCCAGAUAUAUCCAUCAUGAUCAUCUGUCUGCGAAUACUUCGUAGUCAAUCACUUGCAGAAUCACACCCGUCCUUGUGGCGCUGGCCCUCGCUGCCAGCCUAAACGCAAUGGUCGAAGAUGAAAGCCAGUCAUCUGGCAGCUGCAUUGCAUGUAUAAUGGUACUUCAAGUAUCAAUAGAGCCUU